CAAACCUAGAAGAUGGCGUCCACAAAGCCUACGAAUCGCUCAGGUUUGCUGCUAGCCGUCUGCUGUUGAGCCCGAACCGGGGCUCUGGAGCUCUGGGGCGGCGACACCAUGGCGGGGGCUCGCUGUAGUCGGAACUGACGGCGCCGCUGAAGCAAACACGGCUCAUGUGGAUUCUCAGCGCCGCCGAGGCUGGAAACGCAAAGACGGGAAAGGCCAGCGCCUGGUUCGAGCUCCGACAUGUGUGACCAACGCUGACUCGGAGGGUCUUUGUUGUUAGCAUCAGCUGGGCACACUGGGCGCUGUCCUCUGAUUGGCUGGGACAACCCCUUCUGACAUGCCUGUGGCCAAUCAGAGGUGUGUUAUGUCGGGGGCGGAUGUGGAGGUGUAUCUUUCCCAGGUGCACGACGGAAGUGUGUCGUCGGGCUUCCGGGCGCUGUACGAGGAGCGUCUGCUGCUGGACGUCACGCUGAUGAUCGACGAGCACCACUUCCAGGCCCACAAGGCGCUCCUGGCCACCCAGAGUGACUACUUCCGGGUCAUGUUCACGGCGGACAUGCGGGAGCGGGACCAGGACAAGAUCCACUUGAAGGGGCUGACGGCGGCGGGCUUCGGGCACAUCCUUCGCUUCAUGUACUACGGCUCGCUGGAGCUCAGCAUGCCCACCGUGCAGGAGAUCCUACAGGCGGCGAUGUACGUGCAGCUGACGGAGGCGGUGGAGUUCUGCUGCUCCUUCCUGCUGGCCAAGAUCUGCCUGGAGAACUGCGCCGAGGUCAUGCGGCUGCUGGAGGACUUCAGCGUGGGCGUGGAGGGUGUCCAGGAGCAGCUGGACAACUUCCUCCUCGACAACUUCGUGCCGCUCAUGAGCCGAGCCGACUUCCUGUCCUACCUCAGCCUGGAGAGACUGCAGGCGUACCUGAACAGCGACGCGCUGAGCCGCUACCCGGAGAUCGAGCUGUACGAAGCGGUCCAGGCGUGGCUCCGGCACGACCGGCGGCGCUGGCGCCACACGGACGCCGUCGUCCGCUCCGUUCGCUUCUGCCUCAUGACAUCUGCCAACAUCUUCGAGAAGGUCAAGACGUCGGAGUUCUACCGCUACUCCCGGCAGCUGCGUCAGGAGGUGGACCAGGCGCUGGCCUACUUCCACGACGUCAACCGGCAACCGCUGGCCGAGACGCGCGCCAACCGCAUCCGCUCGCGGCGCCCGCAGACGGCCGUCUUCCGCGGCAUGAUCGGCCACAGCAUGGUGAACAGCAAGAUCCUGCUGCUGCAGCGGCCCAAGGUGUGGUGGGAGCUGGAGGGCCCCCAGGUGCCGCUGAGACCCGACUGCCUGGCCAUCGUCAACGACUUCGCCUUCCUGCUGGGAGGCGAGGAGCUGGGGCCCGAUGGCGAGUUCCACGCCUCGUCCAAGGUUUACCGCUACGACCCCCGGCAAAACUCGUGGCUGCGCAUGGCCGACAUGUCCGUGCCCAGAUCUGAGUUCGCCGUCGGCGUCAUCGGAACGUUCAUCUACGCGGUGGCGGGUCGCACGCGUGACGAAACCUUCUACUCCACGGAGCGCUACGACAUCGCAGAAGACCGCUGGGAGUUCGUGGACCCGUAUCCCGUCAACAAGUACGGGCACGAGGGCACGGUCCUGGGCGGCAAGCUCUACAUCACGGGCGGCAUCACGUCCUCGUCCACCUCCAAGCAGGUGUGCGUCUUCGAUCCCGCGCGGGAAGCGACGGCGGGAGGGGCCUCGGGCGGGUCGGACUCGCUGCGGGCGCGCGGGGGCCGUGGCCCGCCGCCGCCCGCCUCCCACGCCGGCUGCUGGGACAACAAAUCCAAAAUGAACUACGCCCGCUGCUUCCACAAGAUGAUCUCUCACAACGGGAAGCUGUACGUGUUCGGCGGCGUGUGCGUCAUCCUGCGCGCCUCCUUCGAGUCGCAGGGCUGCCCGUCCACCGAGGUCUACGACCCGGACGCCGACGAGUGGACCAUCCUGGCCUCCAUGCCCAUCGGGCGCAGCGGGCACGGCGUGGCCGUGCUGGAGCGCCAGAUCAUGGUGCUGGGGGGCCUGUGCUACAACGGACACUACAGCGACUCCAUUCUCACCUUCGACCCCGACGACAACAAGUGGAAGGAGGACGAGUAUCCCAGGAUGCCUUGCAAGCUGGACGGGCUGCAGGUGUGCACGCUGCACUUCCCCGAGUACGUGCUGGAGCACGUCAGACGCUGCAGCUGAGGUCGGCUCUGCGCCCAAAACGCCUCAUUUUGGGUUGGAGGGGGUUUUUAACACGCCGGGCUGGCGUUUAUUCCCUGACCCACUAGUGCGCUAAGGGGUCCGUGUACUAGUGCGGUGGUUCACAAACGUUUUACACCAAGUACUGCCUCAAACAAUUACUCAAUAUUGAAAAACAAACGAGCCCUAAAAGCUAAACGCAAAUUGACAUCAAAGUUCAAACCAACUGAACGGUGCUCCGUAAUUGGACGGUACUGGAUUCCGAAACAGUUCAAGCUGCUGUAACCUUGACAACGCUGUUCACUGAUUCUUUUGGUACCACUAGAGGGACCCCACGCACUACUAGUGGUACUAGUGUCACAAUUUGAGAAUCUACUCGUACACUUCAUGAAACGUGGUCCGGAGUUGGAAACAUCAAUUUUCCAACCCAAAGUGCACCCGUUGCAUGACGAGCCCAGCAGAGCGUUGAUUCCUUGCCCUUGAUGUUCACCCUCAUUUCUGUGCCCUCUCACUCCUAUGACAAGUCAGGGAACUAGUAGAACGACUGUGUCUUAAUAAUGUUUGCGCUACUGGUGCCAUGUAGCAUGCAAUUAAACCUUACUCGUAAACUACUGUGCUGCACUACUAGGCCCGUACUAGCACACGUUUCCAUCAAGCCAUUUGAGCAUUUAUUGAUAAUCCCUGAUAUCCAGUUUAAGGUCCAUGCACUAGUACGCUCUUCGUACUCACUAGUAAGACAACUACCAUGUUACAAGUGAGGCAAAACUAUACUAGUUGACCACUCCAUUCCACUAGUACUACGAGUGACGAAAUUCUACGAGUUAACAUCUAGCAUUCACAAGUAGUACCAAUAGUGCAUAUGUCAACUAGUGUCCAGUUUUGCCUCACUGGUAACAUGUUCAACUAGUCGUUCUACUAGUGUGGAAAAAGGGUCCUGGAGUAGUGGAAAAGAAAUGGUUAAUUUGUAAGUCAGUUCAAAGAGCGCACUCGUGGGAUACGCAAUACCCGCUCGGUGCCGCGGACACUUUGACAUGGACUCCGCUUGGUAGAAAAUGCCGAUUGCGCCGCUUCCUGUCGGCGCUCCGCUGGCUUCGCGCGUUCGACGCACCGGAAGCUCCACGAGCGGCGUCGGUCACGUGUCGUCCACGAUAUUCUCCGAGUGAUCCGUUAUGAGUAACCCGAGUCGCUGAAUGAGGUUCGAACUUGUGCGGCUACGUUUUAUCCUCUCCUCGCGCGCACGAUUCUUGUUGCCGAAGUUGAAUUGAAAAUGUGUUUGGGCUUCCGGUGCGUCACACGUGCGCGUCCCCGUCGGGUGGGCGCGCGUCUCAUCCCGUCGGAACGCCGUUUGCGGCACUCGUGACAUUUCGUUGUGCAAAGGGCUCAGCACAUACUGAUGCAGUGUUUUCAUGUUAUUUAUUUAGCGAGCUAUGCAGUAAUGUGUUGCUAUUUAUUAAGACGUGUCAUCCUUUUUUAUCUGGACUAAGCAAGACUGAAUACGUAGUUCAUUGCCGAGAUGCCUCCUCCUCCUCUUUUUUUUUUUUGUUGAAAUAACAGUGUGGUCCAGUGCUGAGAUUUACAAAGACAAGAAUGUUGUUAAUGCUACUAACUUUCAUUUACAGCUUCCAAACGGUCUUUUCGUAGCAGUUGUGUAGGUGUGGUAACCAUGGCGACGUGUGUGUAACAUGCAUGUGUACAGGCUUCUUUGUCACGUUCAGGACUCGUCGUGUGCUCGAGCGGCACUUCUCCCUUUGGGAAUUUACCAGUCAACACAUUCCACGCAAGCUCAUCUUUUCGUUCGUUUCACACGAGUCACCUUGUCACUGCUGUUAUUUUAACUUUGCACUUAUUUUGUUGUUGUUGACAUGCUCAUUGUUUUGUAAAGUUUGAGGAAUGUUUGCAAGGGGAUCUCUUGAAAUUGCGCGCGCGUGUGUGUACUUCCUCCGGUGUUGCUGUCAAAGAAGAAAUGUGAUGACAAGUGUUACCUUGCCGAGUCGCAGCAUCCUUUAGUCUGUCAGUAGCUAAACAGAGUAGAUGAUUUUAAAAUCGCGUAUCCAUAUACAGUUUAUAUGUAUACUCUUUAUACAUAUACCUACAGUACAGUACCUUGCUAGCACUGAAAUUGAAACAGAGGGCAGAGUAAAGUCGACUUGUAAUCUGGAUAACUCUUUGGAAACGUUUGUAACUUCUUUCCAGAAAUAAAUGUUCAUGUGGGAGGAAUUCCGACUAU